AUGCUGGUAGGAGACGAUGUACUACCCAUCCUUACAGCCACUCCCGACCCCAUGCCCGGGGUCUCUCCUCCUCCUAUCCCCGUUUGCGCCCAGACCACGGUUGUCGUUCCCCCGGCAUCCGAGUUUCCGGUUUUAUGCUACAUUAAAGAGAAAGAUCCUCAAUACGCAACAAUCAUGACGGAUGGAGCAACGUCAUCUUGCCCACCGCCUUUCGCUCGCCGUCGUGCUCCACCAUCCUCGUACGACUCGCCAGAUCCCUCUCCAUCAAGUUCACAGCCAAGGGCUCUUGCCCAGCUUUCUGACACUUUGGCCUCAACCUCGGGUAACGUAGCGUGUUCGCCUGCGGCGGAUUCUACUUCACCUCGUGCUGCUUUGGCCCGUAUGGCAUUGGAGUUGGGCUCCGCUCCUGAUUCUUCAACUCCCGGACGUGGUCUGGCCCCCGCUACGACAUCGGAAGGUUCUCGAGCGGACGCGUUUUCCCGCUAUCGGACCCCCGCUUCUUCCGAGCCAGGGCCGUCAACGUCUACCCCCACGGCCAGGGUGGCUCCAUACCCCGCCAAGCGGUUCUGCUCUGCAGUGACGGCCUCGCCUCUUCGCGGGAUCCAACCUCAUCCCGCUCGCUCACCGCGUUGGGUGCAAACUCCCGAUGACUACGUCAAUGAGUUUUCCCACCUCCACCCUUGGGGUGGCCUCGUCGAACCCCGCCCGCCGAUACCCAACCUGACGGAAGAUAUGCUCACGGCGCAAAUGCCAGCUCAUGUUUACCGUUUCAUUCCGCAGGACGGUUACUUUGCGAGCCGCUUCGUACGAUCAUUGUUCCCUCGUCGAUUCGUCGGAACUCCUUCACCCACGAACAAAAUUUCGAUCAUGGAGAUUACCCGUCUGCCCGACAUCAUCGCGUUUCGGCAACAUGCGAUGGCAUUGGCAGACGAGCUCUUGGAUUACACGUACGUCAGCGACUACGAGGAA